UCGCAUCAGUCUUGCUAUCAGAGCCCAAAGGGUCGCACGUGCGGCGUGUCGCUAAAAAUUGUCGUAAAACAUCGUUUUUUACGUGUGACUGUGCGAUAUAUUGAGAGUAAACAAAAUAUGGUGGUUUUUUGAGGAAUGAUAAUAAGUGCAUCGAACUGCAGUUUUUGUAGUCUUUUCUUAUUUUUCUUGAUUUCGAAAAUGGAGUUUAAAAUUGUAAAUGAGGCUUGAUGAAAAGGCUGUCGUUUUACUGCGCUCAAGGCGAUGCUGUGACAUGAUCUUCUAUGGAAGAUGACAAGGGGAUUGAACGACAGAGAAAAUGGCUCCACACGCGGAGGAUUGCGAAGAGGAGGAGCGAUUAAACGGGGAGAAUUAUCAGCCUGUGCCGGUACAUCAGGGGAGGAGGAUACUGCCAGACGACAAUGCUCCCGCACAGGCAUGGAUCGAAAACGAAGAUUCGCCGCAAGGACUCGAUAGCAGGACCAACAGUCCUGGUGAAAAUCGCCGCCUUCUUGGACAUAAGCCGAUCCACAAAUCCACGACAAGGCUUCAAGCAGGAUUAACUUUGGGAGUAUGGAAGCAAUCGAAAUGCUCCUUAAGCGCUAAGAGCGUGAAGAUAAAGCCCAGAGUCAAGAGCAAAUUCGAGAAAAGAAAGGAGAAGAUCGUAGAAGCUCUCCGGCCGCCGUAUUUCAUCAUCAGCAUGAUCAUAUUUAUAGUAUUGCUGCAUCUUUGUGGACCGGAAGAAUGGCGCGCGCAUUUGGAGUGGUCUCCCGGCGCCUGGUGGCGGGAGCCCUGGAGGCUGAUCACGUACGGCUGUGUACACGCUAGUACCGGCCACCUGGCACUCAACGCACUUGUUGCUUUAGCUGUUGGCUGGCGUUUAGAACGCGAGCAGGGUUGGAUGCGGGUUGCGCUGGUGUGGGGGGGCGGUGUGGCGGCGGGCGCGCUCGGUGCCGGCGCGCUGCAACCAAGGGUACGAGUAGUUGGAGCCUCUGCUGCCGUGUACGCGCUGUUGACCGCUCAUCUGCCUAAUGUGUGCCUUAGAUUUGGGCACAUUCCCCUCUGGUGGUUUCGGCCUCUAAGUGUGGUGGUGCUGGGAGCGUCAGAAGUUUGCUGGGCCUUCAUCCGUGUGUCGGAAGGCAACGCUAGCUCGAAUCAUGUGGCUUGGGCUGCGCAUGCUCUGGGCGCUGCUGUCGGUGUACCGCUUGGAUUUCUCGUAUUUAAUGGCGAGAACAGCACAAGGAAAAAUAUGCUCUGGUGUAGAAUUGUAUCGAGCUUCAUCAUGACGGUCGGCGUGUUGGCCGCUAUCUGCCACUACCUGUUCUGGUACGACGUGGACCACUACACCUGAGGAAGACUUGCCUCCUACCUCGCAUCAAGGAGGAAAUACAAAGUCUGACAGUUUCGAUAAUCGAAAUAUAAUGUGAUCUUUUGAUCGACUAAUGUAAUACUGAGGUAUUGGAUUAUGAUUGGCUUUAGUUUCAUAUAAGGAGCCUGAAAGUUGUGCUGAUAAAUUGGAAAUUUUAAUGUCAAAGGCAGUGUAAUCGUUG